UCCCCGGACAAGGAGGCCGCAUAAUUGUGUCCACCGCCGGCUCCCGGGACACCACACACACAAACAAAGCCUAGUAGGUCGAGUACUUGCGCUGUCCCUCGAUCGCCUGCUUACUACUUUGCAUGAGAAGGCGGAGGAUGGGGGCACUGCACGUCGGCGAGCCGCGGAUCAGCUUCCAGCCGCAGGUCGUCGGCAAGAACGGCGCGGGCCACGGCGCCGUCGUCGAGGAGAUCCACGGGUUGAUCCGCGUGCACAAGGACGGACACGUGGAGCGGCUGCCGGCGAUCCCCGACGUGCCCUGCACGUGGGGCUCGACGGCCGCGGGCAGCGGCGUCCUGGCGCGCGACGUGGUGGUGGACCGCGCCACGGGCGUGUGGGCGCGGCUGUACGCGCCGGCGAGCGCGCCAUCGAAGGUCCCCGUGGUGGUGUACUUCCACGGCGGCGGCUUCUGCGUCGGGUCCGCGGCCUGGAGCUGCUACCACGAGUUCCUGGCCCAGCUCCCCGCCAAGGCGGGCUGCGCCGUGAUGUCCGUCGACUACCGCCUCGCCCCCGAGCACCGGCUCCCGGCGGCGUUCGACGACGGGAUGGCGGCCGUGCGGUGGCUGCGGCAGCAGGCGGGGCACGGCGGCAGGAGCAGCGGCGCGUCCGACGAGGUGGCGUGGUGGCGCGGGCGGUGCAGGUUCGACCGGGUGUUCCUGAUGGGCGACAGCGCGGGCGCCAGCAUCGCGUUCCACGUGGCCGCGCGGCUCGGGCAGGGCCAGCUCGGCGGUCUCGCCCCGCUGGCCGUCAAGGGGGCCAUCCUGAUCCAGCCCUUCUUCGGCGGGGAAGCCCGCACGGCGUCGGAGAAGACGACGCCGCAGCCGCCAAGGUCGGCGCUGAGCCUGGCGACGUCCGACAGCUACUGGCGCAUGGCGCUCCCGUCCGGCUCCACCCGCGACCACCCGUGGUGCAACCCGCUCUCCCGCGGCGCGCCGAGGCUGGAGACCCUGCCGCUGCCGCCGGUGCUGGUGUGCGUCGCCGAAGCCGACAUCCUUCGCGACCGGAACCUGGAGCUGUGCCGGGCGCUGCGCAAGGCCGGGAGGAGCGUGGAGCAGGCGACGUACGGCGGCGUGGGGCACGCCUUCCAGGUGCUCCACAACUACCACCUCUCCCAGCCGCGGACGCAGGAGAUGCUGGCGCACAUCAGGGCCUUCGUCGCCGCCAGGUCCAGCAGCUAACAAUCUAACAUCAACCUCCAUUGUUCAUCGAUCCAGUCUAAUCCGAAGCCGAUUUCAUCAGAGUCGUAGUGGUAGAUGCCGUGUAAGCAGCAGUAGCUUGCAGUGCUCGCCCAGCUCAGGAAGAAGACGAGAAAAGGGCCCAAUGCCGAACUUGGAUCGCUGUAGCUAGUGCUGUCGGAAAGCAAAAGCGUGUGUAGCAAUCGAGCGGAUAAAUAAUACUCCGUGUAUAUCAUUGCUGUUCAUUAUAUAUAUAUAAAUAAUAUACUUGCUUGCAAA